CCCGGCCCCGGGCCCCGGCGCGGCGCGGGCGGCAGCAUGGUGGAGAAGCGCUGCCCGCUGCAGAGGGACGGCGUGUACCGCUGGUUCUCGGAGCUGCCGUCGCCGCAGCGCGUGGAGUUCCUGUGCGGCCUGCUGGACCUGUGCAUCCCGCUCGAGCUGCGCUUCCUCGGCUCGUGCCUCGAGGACCUGGCCCGCAAGGACUACCACUCGCUGCGCGACUCGGAGAUCAAGGCCAACAACCCGGCCGACCUGGGCAGCCUCACCAACCUGACGGACGAGGUGGUGCGCAGCAAGCUGCUCGUGUCGCUGGCGCUGCUGGGCUCGGAGCAGCGCGAGGCGGCGGGCGUGCUGUACCGCACGCUCACGCACAUCGACUCCAUCAUCCACAACUACGGGCUGCAGCUCAACGAGGGCCGCACGGGCGAUGAGUUCCUGCUGCUCUUCACCAUGGCCUCCAACCACCCGGCCUUCAGCUUCCACCAGAAGCAGGUGCUGCGCCAGGAGCUCACGCAGAUCCAGAGCAGCCUGAGCGGCGGCGGCGGCAGCGGGGGCCCCGGGGGCAAGAGCGUGCUGCCCACCUGCCCGGCCUGCCACAAGGUCACUCCAAGAACCGAGACCCCCGUCAACAGUGUCAGUAAUAGUUUGGAGAAUGCACUGCACACAUCAGCACAUUCCACUGAGGAGUCGCUGCCCAAGAGGCCUGUAGGAAAACACUCCAAAGUGAGUGUUGAAAAGAUAGACCUGAAGGGAUUAUCACACAAAAAAAAUGAAAGAAAUGUUGAAUGUUCCUUUGAGGUCUUGUGGUCUGAUUCUUCAAUAACAUCAGUAACCAAAUCUUCCUCUGAAGUGACUGAAUUUAUUUCAAAGCUGUCUCAGCUGUACCCGGAAGAAAAUUUGGAGAAAUUCAUUCCUUGCUUAGCUGGCCCAGAUUCGUUUUAUGUAGAGCGAAACCACAUGGAUCUGGAAGCGGACCUGAGGUAUUUGGCUUCAUUACCUUCUCACAUAUUAAAAAAUGACCAUGUUAAGAAAUUUUUCAGCACUUCAUCUCCCACCCAACAGCUUCAAAGUCCAAGUCCUGGCAACCCUGCCCUUUCUAAAGUCGGUACCAUGAUGGGUGUGUCUGGAAGACCUGUGUGUGGAGUGGCUGGCAUCCCGUCCUCUCAGAGCAGCACCCAGCAUCACAUGCAGCACUCGGCCAGCGCAGCUGCCCUGCCCCACUGCUCCCACGCUGGGGGCACGGGCUCGGCGCUGGCCUACCGGACCCAGAUGGACACCUCCCCUGCCAUCUUAAUGCCUUCCAGUCUGCAGACCCCUCAGACACAGGAGCAGAAUGGGAUUUUAGAUUGGCUUAGGAAGCUCCGUUUGCACAAAUACUACCCCGUCUUUAAACAGCUCACAAUGGAGAAGUUUCUGAGCCUUACUGAAGAAGAUCUAAAUAAAUUUGAAUCCCUCACCAUGGGAGCAAAGAAAAAACUGAAGACUCAGCUGGAGCUGGAGAAGGAGAAGUCAGAGAAACGGUGCCUGAACCCCUCAGCCCCAGCCCCGGUCACCAGCAGUGGAGUGGCCCGUGUCCCCCCCACGAGCCACGUGGGGCCCGUGCAGGCUGUGCGAGGCAGCCACGCUGCAGCGCUGCGGGUGGAAGUGGAGCAGUCCCCUCACCAGACGGCCCGGGAAGGCAGCUCCUCAGAGUGCUCUAGCUCCUCCCCCAGCCCGAUGGGGGUGCAGGCGCGGGAAGAGAGCUCGGACAGCGCCGAGGAGAACGAUAGACGUGUGGAGAUGCACUUGGAGGGCUCUGAGAAGGAGAAGCCUGUAAUGCUUCUCAAUCAUUUCACUUCAAGUUCCGCCAGACCCACAGCCCAGGUUCUCCCUGUGCAGAAUGAGGCAGGCUCCAACCCGUCAGGCCACCACCCACUGCCUCCACAGAUGAUGAGCGCAGCCUCGCACAUCGCACCCAUCCGAAUGCUGAAUUCUGUGCACAAAUCGGAAAGGGGAGGCGCGGACAUGAAGCUCCUCUCGUCCUCUAUGCACUCGCUACUGUCUCUAGAAGAAAGGAGUAAAGUCUCCGGACCAAGAAGUGGCAUCAAAGUGGACAAGAGCUUUGGCAACGCCAUGAUGGAUGUGCUACCCGCGGCCGUCCCCCCACAGCCCAUGCAGGUCCUCUCUGGACUUGCUGAGAGCAGUUCUGUGUCUCCCACCGUAUCCUUUGGUCCCCGCGCCAAAGUUGUCCAUGCGUCUGCACUGGACAGGGUAAUGAAGCCAGCCCCGCAGCCGGCCCUGGUGGUGGAGACGAGCACGGCAGCCGCGGGGACGUCGAGCACCGUCUUCCACGUGGCACGGCCACCCAUCAAACUUCUGGUGUCGUCAUCCAUCCCUGCGGAUUCUGCCAUUUCUGGGCAGACUUCCUGUUCUAAUAACGUGCAAAUAAGUGUGCCCCCUGCAAUAAUAAACCCCCGGACUGCUCUGUACACAGCCAACACCAAAGCUGCCUUCUCUGCGAUGAGCAGUGUGCCCGUGGGCCCCCUGCAGGGCAGCUUCUGUGCAAACAGCAACACUGCCUCUUCCAGUAGCCACCCUUCCACAUCCUUUGCAAACAUGGCCACUGUGCCCAGCUGCCCAGCCCCCAGCUCCAGCCCCGCACUCUCCUCGGUCCCUGAAAGCAGUUUCUACAGCAGCAGCAGCGGCGGCGGCUCCCCCGGCAACAUUCCUGCUGCUGCUCAGAACCAUCACCACCACCACCACCAUCAGCAGCAGCCAGCGCCCCAGCAGCCCACGCCUGGCCCGCCGCCCGGCUGCGUCGUGUGCACGUCUUGCGGGUGCAGCGGGAGCUGCGGCUCGAGUGGCCUGACCGUCAGCUACGCCAACUACUUCCAGCACCCGUUCUCGGGGCCAUCCAUGUUCCCCUUCCCCUUCCUGCCCUUCAGCCCCGUGUGCGGCAGCGGCUACGUGGGCACCCAGCAGUACGGCAGCGGCGCCUUCCCGGUCGUGCACUCGCCCUACAGCGGCAGCGUGCCGCCCGAGCCCGUCCUGGGCGGCCAGUCCACAUUCGCCGUCCCACCCAUGCAGAACUUCAUGGCGGGGGCAGCGGGCGUGUACCAGGCCCAGGGGUUGGUGGGCAGUAGCAACGGUUCCAGUCACAAAAAGAGUGGGAAUCUCUCAUGUUACAACUGUGGGGCCACCGGUCACCGCGCUCAGGACUGCAAGCAGCCGUCCAUGGACUUCAAUCGGCAAGGUACUUUUAGGUUGAAAUAUGCCCCUCCAGCAGAAAGUCUGGACUCCACAGAUUGAUAUUUUUCUCUGGCAACAGAACACUAUUAAGCCAUGGAGACAUAAGGAAAAUUAAAUACAAAACUGAGAAGUCUAGUUGCUGUUGAGCUUAAUAUUUUUAAUCCAAAGGUGCUUUACUUUACUAGACUGGAUAGAAAACCUAGUGUAGGAGUGCAACUGUUUUAUUGCCAAAAUCCUAGAUUGGAGCUUGAUGUCAGGACUUGCCGCGGUGGGUCUCUCCGCGGUGGGUCAAACUGGCCACCUCCACCCUUGGCUGCAGCGCAGAGACCUCCCGUCUCCUGAAGAGCAUUGCCGUGAUCAGUCCUUCUAGGCUCACGCGUAAUUCCAGGGCAGCUACGCGAGAGCGGACUCGAGAACCGAAGGUGCGAGUUCUCCAGGUGGAGUGCCAUCAGGCAGACUCUCGACACCCCUGGGUGAGGGAAAAUGUAGCCUUUGUUUUGUUUUUUGUUUUGUUCCUGAAGUGGUUAGGCACUAAUCUCUGGGCUUUUUAAGGAUUGCACUAGCAAAGAAUGUAACCUGACGUCAGUUUAUGCAGCUCGGGGAGACAGACUCCCGAGCCCAGUCGGUGUAGGAGCUCAGAGAGGCUGUUUUUAGAGAGUUGGCACCAGCAGGCUACAUGACUUAGAACACAGCAGAGAUUUCAGUAUUUCCUUCCCUCCUUAAAACACUUGUAGCAGUUUCAGGUUUUUAAUUUUUUUCUGCAAAUAAAUUUAAACUACAUUAUUAAAUAGAAAUAGUUACUCGCAACAACUUAAUUUCCAAGGGUCCAAGUCCCAGAGAAUCCCUAGUUGUCAGAGCUUUGAGAAUACCUUCCUUCCCAGCCCUUCAGGAGCUUUGCGUCCUGUCGUCUUCUACCACGAAGUAAUCUUGCAGAGACAGGGUGACAGCGUGGCCUUUGUGAGUGGGCUCUGAUGGAUGCUGCACAUCCUUAGCACAGUUUGCAAGUUCUUUUAUCUCACACGGACUCCCCAAGGACCCCAAGGCUUCCUGCUAACGGAUCCACACUUGAGACAGACAUUUCAACAAUAAUACAGCCCUAUAAUUUGUGAGCAAAAGAUUUGAGAUUUUCUCCUGUCAGCUGCUUUUGCAUUAGGCUGUGUAUUGAUAGUUCCAUUAAAAAUUACCUGGACAACAACAAUAGAAAGUGGUAAGACUCUGAAAGAGACCACACCAACAGGACAGAGCUACAGAUCUGCAGAAGUCUAGUCUGUCAAGGUGGGAAAUACAGUCCUCACUACGCCGCUCUCAGCUUCACCUCGUUGCGAAGAGAGCGUUUUGGUCUGAAAUUUAGGGACUUAAAUCUUCAAGGCUAAAGGGAAUUUUCUGCUCAAAUAAUAAUAAUAAUUUAAAUGCUAAAGGCUUCAAUAUUAAAAUAUUGAUUGGUAAGGCCUUGCCCAGGGAUUUUCCAGUUGAAUAUUUAUUUAAAAAAAGAAAAUCACAAUAUUCAGACCAUUCUUAAAAUGGGACAAUCAGCCUCAUGCAAAAUUGGUGUGAAUCAAAAACACUACCCUCAAAUUGGAGGCACUGUGAUGCGAGGCUUCACAUUGUGAGAUCAGUUUCCUGGCUUCACGGAAACUAAAGCAGAAAGUUGUUACAUUUUUUUAUGAAAGGCUUUUAGAAUUUCUUAGAGUUUUAUUUUAGUAGAGUUUUAUUUCUAUGCAAUGCAGAAUUGACAGACCUCUGUAUUCUCUCUUCCUGGUACACAGUAUUACAGUUUUGAAGCAAUGGUGAUGCUUACAACAGCUUUUUUGGGGAAUGUUAUAUCGAUCUCUUAAAUUAUAAACACUACAAAAUGUCAAAAUAAUGAGAACUGACACAACUUUGCCUUAAAGAGUACUAGACUGGAACUUGUCAUAUUAUGUUAAAGGAAGGCUUAGAGUGUUCAUUGAUGUUUACGAUUUUAAUAUUUCUGAAGGCCGUUACAGUGGCCUGGAUAUGUGCUGAAAGCCAAACUUUUAAAUUUUUUGGUUUUUUAAACAAAGACAUAUUUUAAAUAAAUCCUAUUUCAACACAGUGAAAUUGUUGAAAACUGUCUCAUAACAAAAGAAAAAAAUCAUUUAGGUUUUUUGUUUUAGUGGUCAGUAUCGGGGAAUGAAAGCAUCUGUUGUUACCCUUAUAAAUAUUUUGAUAACUACUAGAGGUUAGCAUUACAUACAACAAAAAAUGAAAACAAAAACCUCGAUUUGAAGUAUGACAUUCAAAUUGAGUUAUACAAGUUCAGACAUCAUGUGGCUGUGUUCCAGUCAACAAAGGUCUUAGAAAAAUUCCCAGACGUCUUUGAAAGUGCGUGUGCGGUGUGAUGUCUCCAAGGAGGCCCUUCCAAGUGGAGAAGUGUGAAGGGUGAAUGUGAGACACACAGGACACACAGCAUUCGGCGGCCGGCCUGUGGGAUCUCUUCCCAAGGGAGUCCUGUGCUGGACUGGGUAUGUCUGCUAGCAGUGUUCUCUGGGGAAUUUCUCUCGCACAGCAGCCACAGUCAGUAAGCCUGAAGAGCAGUUUGUGUGUCCUCAGAGGACAUCCUCAGCAGUUGGAAACAGGUCAGACUGACCCUUUCAAAAGCUAUUUAGUCAUUUUCCUGAAAUUGUGGGCUCAGUUUCCAAAUGAUGUGGCAACCAGGUAGGUGUGGCACCAGCCACUUUGCUUUGUGUAGUCUGUCAUAAAGUUUCUCACCCAAGAAUGGAGACAGUGGAAUGUACAGAUCGAAGUAGAUUACAAUGUUAAGAUAAAACUACUAUUUAAUCUUUUGUAUUUUAAGCAAAACACUCAAUUUUCUACCUUAUUUUCUAAUUUUUAUUUCACGGCAAUAUUGAAAAUUGGAAAGCGUUUAAACGUUAAAACUCCUAAUUGCUAAAGAGCACUGAGGAAAUGGGAGCUAGCACUUAUAAUGAAAAUAAAGAUAAAAUCAUUUUCUUGAAAGCAAAUAUGUGAUUGGGUAAUUAAAAAAACCAGCAUCAUCUAUAAUCUCCAAAAGAUUACAGGAGUCAGCUUGUUAAUAUAGUAGUUAGUAGGUUCAGUAUUUUAAUUCACUGUUUAGAAUUCUAGGUCCUUUAUCGCAAGAAGUCAACAUAGUUAGUUUACACUACACUGUAUGGAGGCGCAGGAGCAGUGGGAGUAACUUCGCCUGACGGCAUACAGCUGUGAUGUGUUUCCUGUUUGGGCACAGGCUGACCGAGGCUCUCACUCGUCCACUCACUCCAGUGUUGCUGGUAUGCACUUGCUGCGCGGGAAUUGGGUUGCACCCUCCUCACUCCCUGUCAUUUUGUCACUCUUCCUGCUUCCAUGGUGGUUUAUUUGAUGCCUUGCUAGUUAUACAUACUGAUAACUGAUGGUAUUAGAUGUAGAGUCUUAAAGGUCAUAAGGGAAACCAUGUCCCUGCCUCAGCUGGACCGCCCAUCCCAGAGGAUGGGCCUGAAACCUGAGCGGGUUAGCCGUCCUUUCCAAAGUGCAGGUGACUCCCCAAGAAUGAGUCAGGUGACAUUUAAAGCCAUGGGGUUCUGAAGAGGCUCAAUUAUUGAAAAGUCCUGAGGUUGUGAAAGUAUUUUUAAUCAACACUCACAAAACUACAUACUGUGCUGGUUGAGGCCAAAGGUCAACGUUACUAUACUGUUGAUGGAGGGAGGGGAGUGCCGUUCGUGGGUCCCGGGUAUUGUACCAGCCCCUCACGUGCUGGGUUCUUACAUGCACAAAGACAAGGCUUUGGUACCGAAACUGAAGACCUCGUGUACUCAAGAAUCUUCACAGCUUCUAUUGGACAUAUUUUCUUUUUAGGAAUGAAGGAAAAUCCUCCCAUUUUUGAGCCAUUCUUUUAUGUCAAUUCUACAAAAUUGCAUGUAACUUUAUAAAUAUUUUUAAAAGAUAUAGUUUUGUAAAUAUUUAAUAUUCUGCUAAUUUGAUUUUGAAUUGUAAAUGUCAAGUAUUCUGUUUUUGGGAUUUUUAUGUUUUAUUAUACUUUGUUAAAAGGAAAAAUUGUACAUUUUUAGAAUGUUUUUAUGAGUAAAUUUAAUGUACUGAAAAUAAAAAUUAAAAAAAAAACUGUUUCAUUUUAUUGGGUCUUGGUCUCAUAGAAGAUGAAGCACACAUCUUUUCAAAUAAAUUGCAGUUCUUGCUCUCCAAACUAGGGCGUCAGUCCUUUCUGCCCUCUUCCCAGCUUUCCAAAUGGGAUACCUGGUCUUAGAAAAUGGAUUUAUCAAGUUUCCCAGGUUUUUAAAAAAUGUCCUUGCUAUGAACAGAAAUGUGAAUUCUUGACUUGAUGUUUAAUGAUGUUUUGUGGAGCUGUAGACUCCAUAAAAAAAUCAAGGUUGCCAUUAAUAGAUCUCAAGUAUCUUUUGAGUGUUUCCUAAUAUGUGGUGAAUGUGGUAUGAACGUGCCCUUGCCUCUAAAGCUACAAUUUGGCUCUGGGGAUUUGGGACGGUGGCAGUCUACUGAGCAUGUGCUCGCUGAGGACUGCGGUGUUCUCCUGAACAGGGCCAGGCACCAGAGGGAGGAUUGUGGCACCUUUUCCCUAGCAGAGAUCCCAAAGACCUCUGGGUCUUGUCAGGUCUGUGGUUACAUAGAGGAAAAAAAACAUGCAUGCGUGCACACAUAAGCACACAGUUCCAGGCAUGGUUAGGGCUCCUGCCAGGUAAAUGACAGCAGGAGACACAGCUGGCCCUUCCUGGCACCCGUUAGCAGCACCUCUGACGGGGAGAGCCUUGUUCUGUGUGGGGUCACUUCCAGGGCCUCUUGGUUGUCGAGGGAACCAUGCAGGCCAGGCCUCUAAAGAUGGGGGACAUGUGCACAUCUGAGCAGUGAACUCAGGGAAGCAGAGCAUUUCCUUAGCUCAUUUCUUGUGUUUUUUUUUUUUUCUUGGUGUGGAAGAUUGGCUCUGAGCUAACAUCUGUUGCCAAUCCUCGUCUUUUUGCUUCAGGCAGAUUGUCGCUGAGCUAACAUCUGUGCCCAUCUUCCUCUAUUUUGUAUGUGGGAUGCCUCCACAGCAUGGCUCAAUGAGCAGUGCAUAGGUCCACCCCUGGGAUCCAAACCCACGAACCCUGAACCACUGAAGCAGAGCACACAAACUUAACCACUAAGCCACCAGCCAGCCCCUCGUUCCCUGUAUUCUUCCACAAACAUUUAAGGGCCAACUUCAAUUUGAGUUGGGUCCAGUGUUUUCCGACGAGUAACGCAGCUCCCCACUGGGUCCUCCUGUGAGGGCCCAUAAACCACAUAGUGCCUUCUUGACCACACACAAUAUUUUGUUUUACUUUGUUGUUCAUUUAGAGUGGUAGGUUUUCAAGUGUUUAUUCAUUCCCACAAAACACCUAGCUCCCACAUCCAUCCUCAUUCUUUGGUGGCGUGUCUGUAAGUUCUCAAGGUUUUAGUUGUAUACAGACAAGACUAGGUGGCAGGACCUUGACCAAGGGGAGGAAAGUGCCCGUGACAAGGCAGAGACCUGAGCUGCGUGUCUCUCCACCCAACUGCUCCCCCAGCACAACAAAAGCAGCCUCAACGCUCCGUGUUAGGAAGGAGAUGACCUACUUGGCUUUGGAUAGUACAGACAGUAUGCAGGAUUCCAAGUUUCAAACACUGAUCCAUUAAAUUGAGCUUUGAUGACAGUUUUUAGUUGUGCCUUUAUUCACCUUAGUUCGUUAAAAAUGUACUUGUUUUAAAGAUCCUAUAAAUAGAGUGAUCACCCACUAAUGUGGGAUGUAAGUCACCCCUCUCACCACGGUAUUUUUGUUUUUUUAAAAAGCAGAAUUUCUUACAGGAAUCUUACUGAUCACAGUAGUUACAAGAAUGUCAGAUAUAAUGCUGUAUACAAUCUAAACGAGACAAGCUGAUUAAGAAUUUACAUAAUGUAAAAAUAUACAUAUUAAAAGUUGGCCAUGUGGACAGAUGCAUGCAGUGGGAAGAGUAGCUGACGGGAGGUUGGGGGUUGAGGGCCCAUAUGCAGUAACAUUGCUUUCCCCUCCAUUACAGAAAACACCUUCACCAACAGAUACAGGCAUUCCACACAUCUAAAUACACAAGGGUAAGUCGUGACCUGCCACAUUA